AUGGCAACGGGACAGCUUUUCUCUCGGACCACACAAGCUUUGUUCUACAAUUAUAAGCAGCUUCCUGUUCAACGAAUGCUCGAUUUCGACUUCCUCUGUGGACGUGAAACGCCUUCUGUUGCUGGAAUCAUAAACCCAGGCUCUGAAGGGUUUCAGAAACUCUUUUUCGGGCAAGAAGAAAUCGCUAUCCCUGUUCAUGCUGCCAUUGAAGCAGCGUGUGCUGCGCAUCCAACCGCAGAUGUAUUCAUCAACUUUGCAUCUUUUAGGAGUGCUGCUGCUUCGUCCAUGGCUGCUUUGAAGCAGCCAACUAUUAAAGUUGUGGCUAUAAUAGCGGAAGGUGUUCCAGAGUCAGACACCAAGCAGCUGAUUGCUUAUGCUCGUGCAAACAAUAAGGUUCUUAUUGGACCGGCUACUGUUGGAGGUAUUCAAGCUGGAGCCUUUAAGAUUGGUGACACUGCAGGAACAAUUGAUAACAUUAUCCAGUGCAAGCUGUACAGACCUGGAUCUGUUGGUUUUGUCUCCAAAUCUGGUGGGAUGUCUAAUGAAAUGUACAAUACUGUUGCCCGUGUGACUGAUGGGAUCUAUGAAGGCAUUGCUAUUGGUGGAGACGUGUUCCCAGGAUCCACUUUAUCUGACCACAUCCUUCGGUUUAACAACAUCCCACAGAUAAAGAUGAUGGUUGUACUUGGGGAGCUUGGAGGAAGAGAUGAAUACUCUCUUGUUGAAGCUUUAAAACAGGGGAAAGUCAACAAACCCGUGGUUGCUUGGGUCAGUGGGACAUGUGCACGGCUCUUCAAGUCUGAAGUACAGUUUGGUCACGCGGGUGCCAAAAGUGGUGGCGAGAUGGAGUCUGCACAAGCCAAGAACCAAGCUCUCAUGGAUGCUGGAGCUAUUGUUCCCACUUCGUUUGAAGCCCUCGAAUCUGCAAUCAAAGAGACGUUUGAGAAACUGGUUGAAGAAGGAAAGGUCUCUUCUAUCAAGGAAGUCACUCCUCCACAAAUCCCCGAGGAUCUCAGUUCCGCAAUUAAGAGUGGGAAAGUCCGGGCUCCUACUCACAUCAUCUCCACCAUUUCUGAUGACAGAGGGGAGGAGCCAUGCUAUGCCGGUGUUCCAAUGUCUUCCAUCAUUGAACAAGGCUAUGGAGUUGGUGAUGUCAUUUCCCUUCUGUGGUUCAAACGCAGUCUUCCUCGUUACUGUACAAAAUUCAUUGAGAUAUGCAUAAUGCUGUGUGCUGAUCACGGUCCAUGUGUCUCCGGAGCUCACAACACCAUUGUAACUGCAAGAGCAGGCAAAGACCUUGUCUCAAGUCUUGUCUCAGGUUUAUUGACCAUUGGUCCUCGAUUUGGUGGUGCCAUUGAUGACGCUGCUCGAUACUUCAAGGACGCGUGUGACAGGAAUCUCACACCUUAUGAAUUCGUUGAGGGAAUGAAGAAGAAGGGAAUCCGAGUCCCCGGGAUUGGACACAGGAUCAAGAGCAGAGACAACAGAGACAAGAGAGUGGAGCUGCUUCAGAAAUUCGCUCGGUCUAACUUCCCAUCAGUGAAGUACAUGGAGUACGCAGUGCAAGUGGAGAGCUACACGCUCUCAAAGGCAAACAACCUCGUACUCAAUGUUGAUGGAGCCAUUGGAUCUCUCUUCUUGGACCUUCUGGCUGGAAGUGGGAUGUUCACCAAGCAAGAGAUCGAUGAGAUUGUUCAGAUCGGUUACCUCAACGGUCUCUUUGUUCUUGCUCGCUCCAUCGGUUUGAUCGGGCACACCUUUGAUCAGAAGAGAUUGAAGCAGCCACUGUACCGUCACCCAUGGGAAGAUGUGUUGUACACCAAGUAA